CUCAAAAGCUUCCCAUCCCUCUCUAGAUCUUCUCCUAAGCCAUUUAUCGUCAAUACAACCAUGUCCCAAUCAAAGACAAUUGCAAUUCUGGUAAUCUUAAUCAGCAGUGCCAUCUCCUUUGCAUUCGCUUCUGAUCCAGACACACUUCAAGACUUUUGUGUUGCUCUUCCCUCUUCUUCAGAAACAGGUGUGAAGGUGAAUGGAUUUGCGUGCAAAGAAUCAUCAAACGUGACAGAAUCUGAUUUCUUCUUCAACGGAUUAGCCAAGGCUGCAUCAAUCAACAACACAGUAGGGUCAGUGGUGACAGCAGCCAAUGUGGAAAAGAUUCCAGGGCUCAACACAUUGGGUGUCUCUCUCUCAAGAAUAGACUACAAACCCGGUGGCCUAAACCCGCCGCACACGCACCCACGCGCCACCGAGGUCGUGUUUGUGUUGGAAGGGGAAUUGGAAGUUGGUUUUGUCACCACAUCCAACAAGCUCAUAUCAAAAACCAUAAAGGAAGGUGAAGUGUUUGUGUUCCCAAAAGGGUUGAUACACUUUCAGAAGAACAACAAUGGGGACAAGCCUGCUGCCGUUGUCUCCGCCUUCAACAGCCAACUCCCUGGCACGUUGUCCAUCGCCGCCGCUUUGUUUGGCGCAACGCCGGCUGUUCCUGACGAUGUUCUCGCUCUGGCAUUCCAGAUUGAUGCCCAAGACGUUAGUAACAUCAAGACCAAUCUUUCCUCCAAGAAGUAAAGGGAAGAUUGUUUCGUUUUCUUAUAUAUAUGAAACUAUUCUUCUUUUUCCUGGCCUCCACCAAGUGAUUCUUGAUCUAUACGUAAGAUCAUUUAGUGGUUGCAUUUUUUCCAUUUGAGUCCAUUGAAACGAGGAUAAGUGUACGUAUAGAGAAUUGAAUAAUAAGAAGUUUUUA